GGGGUGCUGGCCAUUGUGGUGAAUUGCUACCUGAUCGGCCAAUGCGGACAGCUCCAGCGCCUGUUCCCGUGGCUCAGCCCUGAAGGAGCCAUCAUCUCCGUAGUGGUGUUGGAGCAUUUUGCGCUUUUGAUCAAAUACAUCAUCCAGGUUGCAAUCCCUGAUAUCCCAGGGUGGGUUGCAGAAGAAAUGGCCAAACUGGAGUAUCAGCGGAGGGAGGCCUUUAAGAAGCACGAACGGCAAGCUCAGCACCACUUCCAACAACAGCAGCGCCGGAAGCGUGAGGAAGAGGAGCGCCAGCGGCACGCCGAAUACCACGCUAGGAAGGAGCGCGAAAGCGGCCGUGAGGAAGGCAAGGGGGAUGCCAGUGGUCAAGACUCCGGCCACGAGAAGAGCCAGUCCAAAGGAAAAGGCCCCGGAGGCUCUGGGCACGGCUCUGAGAAACCGAAGCGUCCCAGUUCCCUCUUGGCCACAAACAACGUCAUGAAGCUGAAGCAGAUCAUCCCAUUGCAGGGGAAAUUUUUAUCUGGGACAGCCAACACUGGGACGGCGCGCUCCCCGCAAUCCCCCACCAGCACAGACAACAAACUCCCCGGCUUCCUGAGCUUCAAGUUCCUGAAGUCCCCCGAGACGAAACGGGAUGCCGGGACAGAGAAAGUGCAGUCGCCCACCAAGCCUUUCAAUCCAGGAAAACUUUUUAAUUUUAACAAAUCUGAGGGGGGCAAUGGGGGUCCCAUGCCACCACAGCUGCGGGUGGAGGCCGGGGAGAAGCCUCCAGUGGGUAGGUCGCACCUCAACGGGAUGGCAGACGAUGAAGUCUCCGAGGAACCUGAGAUCCGAAUGGUGACUGAGGAGGAUGGGGCGACCAGCCACAAACUCUAGCCCCUUGCAUUUUUUGGGGGGUCGGGCCUGUGUGGAGGUAGGGAGAUUGAAAAAAGGAUGAGGAAGGAUUGGAAGGAGGAUUAGGAAAGAGUGUGCAUUGCCACUGGGUUCUUCAAGCAGAAUUGAGGGGAGAUCCUCUGGCUCAUUCCUGGAGGAAUCGCGUCUGCCAUUUUGGAACUGUUGAAUCUUUUCAUAGAAACACCAUUGACUCUAGUUUGGAAAAAGGAGGUGAAAAAGCUUUAGUGUCUAUUUUUUUUUUGAGGGGGGGGGGUAUUAGGGCCCAGCUCUGGUGUACAUGGUCCUCGAAUCUCAACCCUUGGUUCCGAAACAGGACAAACCAGGGUCACCUCCUCAGGCAGGGUGGGAAGGAAUAUUAUUAAACUUUCUUGCCCUCCAUUUGGAUUUUUUAAAAAA